GCAGCCCGUCGGGUCGGCCGGGAGACCAGCGUGGCCAUCUGCAGCUUCGCCAUGUCGUCUGUGUUCGGCAAGCCCCGAGCUGGCAGUGGGCCGCACAGCGUGCCCCUCGAAGUCAACCUGGCCAUCCUGGGGCGCCGCGGAGCGGGCAAGUCUGCCCUGACUGUGAAGUUUCUCACCAAGAGGUUUAUCAGUGAAUAUGACCCCAAUUUGGAGGACACCUAUAGCUCUGAGGAGACUGUGGACCACCAGCCUGUCCACCUGAGGGUCAUGGACACUGCAGACCAGGACACCCCCAGGAACUGUGAACGCUACCUGAACUGGGCCCAUGCCUUCCUAGUGGUGUAUAGUGUUGACAGUCGCCAGAGUUUCGAGGGCAGCAGUAGCUACCUAGAGCUGCUGGCCUUGCAUGCCAAGGAGACUCAGCGUGGCUACCCUGCCCUGCUGCUGGGCAACAAGCUGGACAUGGCCCAGUACAGGCAGGUCACCAAGGCUGAGGGUGCAGCUUUGGCAGGCAGGUUCGGAUGCCUGUUUUUUGAGGUCUCUGCCUGCCUGGACUUUGAGCACGUGCAGCACGUCUUCCAUGAGGCGGUGCGCGAGGUACGACGGGAGCUGGAGAAGAGCCCCCUGUCCCGACCGCUGUUUAUCCCUGAAGAGAAAGUGCUGUCCCACCAGACCCCGCUCACAGCUCGGCAUGGGCUGGCCAGCUGUACUUUUAACACUCUCUCCACUAUCAGCCUAAAGGAGAUGCCCACGGUGGCCCAGGCCAAGUUGGUCACUGUGAAAUCAUCCCGUGCCCAGAGCAAGCGGAAGGCACCCACCUUGACCCUACUGAAGGGCUUCAAGAUCUUCUGAGGGCCAUUCUACAGGAACCUUGGGCUCAGCCGACACUUGGGGCUUCAGGGAAGGGCCUGGUUUGUCCUCUGAUGAACCAAUGGCCCUUGCCCUGUGGCAGAUGGCAGACUCCACCUCCAGCAUCAAGCAGGGUCCCUACGUGCUCACAGUGUGAGAAAGAGGCCCAUGGAGGGAUUCUGUUCUGAGUCCCUGCGGGCCUCGUCCUCCAUGGUAACCUCUGCAGUCACCACCCUGGAAGGAAGCUGUCUCUGUUACAGACAGGAGAGCCGGAGUGAGCUGCAAGCAGAAAGGAACUGCUGUGCCCGUCUUGCAUCAUGACUCUUGCCUGUGCCAACCAUGCCAGGCCAGCUGCAGGCCCUGUUCAAAGAAGCUUUAUCUAUGUGAAGGCUUGUAACAAGCUACAGGAUGGCUGGCCCCGAGGUCCAACUGUCACCUGAUGGUAGGAUGAGGUAGGGCAGCUGUUCAGAUGCCCGAAGCUGGUGCCUCCCGUGCCUUCUGACCUCUCAAAAUCCUGGACUACAAACCCUACAGUUUCUCCAGAAAAAUGUAGUUUAAAAAGUUCUUAUGUGAAAGUUUCGAUAGGGCAAAGAAAUCUGGACAAGAGCGUUUGAUCACUUGGCCCUCAGUGAAGGGCGCAGAGAGGGGCUGUGGGCUGUCCGGGCUAGGGAGUCUCCAGCAUUUUUUUUUUUUUCAGCAGAAUUUGGGAGACUCUUGUGGCCACUUUAUUAGUAAACCCCACCCAGAAUCACUCUUCCCGAGCGUAGUGACCAAGGCUGCAGAAAGUCAUUCUACCCAGUGAUGGUCCUCGGGGAGCCCUCCCUGGCAGGGCCUGGCACUCUCUGGUGGGCACUGCUGGCCUGCCCACCGUUAAGUAGGUGCAAUCUGAUUUGGUUGGGAUUGUUCAAAGCCCAGUUUGGCAAGAUAGAUCCCAAAGCAUUUGGGGUUGAUAAGGCGGACUUGUACAUAAGCUAUUUGGUAUUUUAUCAAGGCUCAGAUGUGAGAAGGCUACUACAGGCAGGAGCUAUAAGCUGUUUCUUUCUUUUAACCAGAACUCUGGGUGAGCAGGCCCAGGAGGGUAUUUUAGAAGGACUGGGCCAGGCACCUGAGCCUGGGAAGCCAGCUCCUUCAGCUCCCAGCCAGCAGCCCCAGGAGCUUGGACUGAGAAUAUCUCUAACCCAGUUUUCAGCUCUGUUUUUUUUUUUAGCUGUAGAAGCUGGCCCUGUGUCCUCACCAACAGGCCAGCUCUGAACUUUAUCUUUUUUUGUUUGGUUGGUUGCAUUUUGAGACAAGGUUUCUCUAUUAUGUAGCUCUGACUGUCCUGGAACUUGCAAUGAAAACCAGGCUGGAGUUGAACUCACAGAGAUCCACCUGCCUCAGCCUUCCGAGUGCUGGAAUUAAAGGCUUCCACCUCACGCGGCUGAACUUUGUACUUUUGAUGCAAGCUGCUUGUGUGUGCUUAGCAGACCACCAUUGUUUGAACCAAUUAUGCAAUUCCAACUGCCCACCUGGAGAAGCAUUUUAAUAAAAGA